AUGGACGUCCUUCGUGGUGCUGCCUGGGCACCCCAUCCUUCGUCGGCUCUCCAAUCGCCUCCUCCUCGUCGCAUAUCAACAAUCGCAGGCCAGCGACUCUCUGCAGUCGUCACCGACAGAGCCGCGUCUCCCCACUCGAUGUCGUCGCCAUCGCCGCGACUCGCCAGCCGAUGGAGCGACUCAACUCACCUCGCCCGGACCAUCCCGCGAACCAGUCAUGAUACUAUGCCACCGCCCUAUGUCCUGGAUCCCAGCGGCGUAGAAGGAAACAAGCUUGUUGCCAUCGGACCCGUGGUGCGCCAAAGAGGAGGAUGCAAANGGAUUGGGUUUCUGGUGCUGGCUGCAUUGAUUGUCAUUGGCCUUGGAAUCGGUCUGGGUGUAGGCCUUACUCGAGGAGGAGGAGGCGGAGGAAGCAACGCCCAAGUUGGAGCACACCCAGGAGAACCAGACACAUCGCAGCCGGAAUACCCUGUGGGCGAUUACAGUCUUGUGACGGCCUUGCGCACCAUUCAAACCAACUGCACUUCGGAUCCUGAUACCUGGCGCUGCUUCCCAGGCCCCACUUUCGACCAGUCGCCUGCUUCUUCUCUGGCUACCUUCAACUGGAUCUUGUCCAACACAUCUGCCUCGUAUGCCACCAACAGCAGUGAUAUGACGACAUCCGCUGAAGGCAUUGCCGCCAACAUGACCAUUUCCGCGUCCGACAAUCCAUUCAGCAUCUCCUUCGGCUCGACGCCAUUGACUUUCAUCAACGACACGUCUCCGCGCUAUACUUUUGCUGCAAACAUCUCCCAGAAGAUCAUCCCAGCUUCCAACAUUACUGCAGACGGUCGGGCCACUGCCUGCUUCUUCAACCAGACUCAAGUCAUCGGAACACUUCACCUCGAUGACACGUAUGCUCAACAAUACACCUUUACUGGCAACAAUGCUAGUUACACUCUCUGGCCGUACGCCGUCCAAGUAGAGUUGGUUAGCCCCGGUGGUCAGAACACGCCGGCUUGCUAUUACACGACCAAUGGCGUUAUUGGCGCUCAGAUCGCAGAUGUCUUCACUGCCCAGCCAGCUGAAGAUGAGUGCCUCUGCGAGUACAGAAACUACUUCUGA